AUGCCUGACACCAAGAGUAUCGGCCAGACGGCGCUGCAUUGGGCGGCUCGGGAAGGCCAGGCCGCCGUGGUCGAGCAGCUGAUCUCUGCGGGGGCCACGGUGGACGCGGCCGACGAAGACGGCCGUGGCCCCGGGCAGUUGAAGAGAAGAGCAAUGUCGGCGCUUGAACGAUUGGCUGCCUUGUCUGCGAAUGUGGUGGAAUUUGCGAGGACGGUGCUGCAUGUGGCGGCUGAGAACGGCCAGGCCGCCGUGGUCGAGCAGCUGAUCUCUGCGGGGGCCACGGUCGACGCGGCCACCGAACGCGAGACGCCGCUGCAUUUUGCGGCUGUGAAAGGCCAUGCCGCCGUGGUCGAGCAGCUGAUCUCUGCGGGGGCCACAAUCGGCCGUGGCCCCGGAAGGGUUUUCGGGUCCUUUUGCGAGACGGUGCUGCAUGUGGCGGCUGAGAACGGCCAGGCCGCCGUGGUCGAGCAGCUGAUCUCUGCAGGGGCCACGGUGGACGCGGCCACCGAACGCGAGACGCCGCUGCAUUUUGCGGCUGUGAAAGGCCAUGCCGCCGUGGUCGAGCAGCUGAUCUCUGCGGGGGCCACGGUGGACGCGGCCGAUGGAAUCGGCCGUGGCCCCGGAAGGGUUUUCGGGUCGUUUUGCGAGCGACACGCCUUACGACUGGGCCAAGGGGCGGGGCCACCGCCAGGUGAUGGGCCUCCUUCGCCCAGCCUCUUGGCAGCCGUUCUGGUCUUUGUGGCUCUGCUGAGUGGCCGAAGCUGCCGUUGCAACUCGUCACCGGAGCGAACUGUGUUGGAGUUGAAGGAAGAAGCCGAGCGCCUCGGCACAGAGAUGAACUCCGAGAUGACUGGGAGCCACAGGGCGCUGGUUCUUGCGAAAAAACUCGGUGUCAACAUCAAGCGAAUCAUCGGGCAGAAUCAUGAGCCGCUGCCACUCGGGCUGCACAGAACUCCUGAAGCUCGAUCUUGCAAGGAAGGAACAGAACGUUCCCCUUCAAAGACAGGGCCAGACAGGGCUGCACAUCCAACCCUGGGCUCCACAGCUCCAGUUGAUGUCGCCGAACCGGGAUUUGGUCACAGGGAUGAAAGCAAGACGCUUGCUGCAGCCGCCGUUGUACCGGGCAACACGUUGACCGCGGUGAUUGCUGUGCCUUGGCUCAAUGCAAAAGUCACUCAGGCAUCAGAGGCCGAAAAUGAAGAGGGCCCUGCUGAAACAGAGGGUCCGCAGCUGGAAGCGUCAUUUGAAGUCCUAGUUCUGUCUCGACCCAAGGCGUAUUCUGCUGCAGACCCCAUGCCUGAGGUGCUGCCUGCCGGCCACGUGCCCCUGGGUCGACUUCUCCGGCUCACUCCGGAAGAUCGACCCUUUCCUACGCCAGUGAAGGGCCGAGCCUUGGGGCCUUGGGGUCCCUCGGAUCUCCAGGACUGGGUCGAGGUUGAUACGAGAAAGCUGAACUCUGAGUUCCGCAGUAUGACCUCCAGCUCGGCCUACCCGGCCCAGGCCGAAGCUGCCGUGGCAAUAGACCCUGAGGUGCCAAUGUUUGGAGUGUGGAGAUUGGGACGGAUUGGCAAGGACGUACAUCAGGCGGCCAAGGAGGACAACGUGGGUGCCGUGAGGCACUUCCUGCGCGUCGACCCCGAUAGCCUGGAGAGGAAGGAUAUACACUUCGGCCGCAGCCUCGGAACUGAAGUUGGGAGCUACGAAGCAGAUCCACGCAACUCGUCCACAACCAUGCAGCUGAAGAACAAAGGUGGGACGCCGCUGCACGUGGCAGCAGCGCGCGGCCACGUCGAGGUGGUCGCGCUGCUGCUGAGGUCCGGCGCCUCCGUGGAGGUGGAGAACAGACUCGGCCGCUGCCCCAGAGGCGCGACGGCGCUGCGUGUGACGGCUUCGAACGGCCAUGCCGCCGUGGUCGAGCAGCUGAUCUCUGCGGGGGCCAAGGUGGACGCGGCCAGCAACAGCGGCCGCGGCCCCGGAAGGGUUUUCGGGUCGUUUGGGGAGUGGCUCUGGCGAGGUGAUGGAAGGGGCGAAUACACGGGCGAGACUGCGCUGCAUUUUGCGGCCCGGGACGGCCAUGCCGCCGUGGUCGAGCAGCUGAUCUCUGCGGGGGCCACGGUGGACGCGGCCAACAAAUACCGCCGUGGCCCUGGUGGUUUUCGAGUUGCUUUGGGAGUGGCAGGCCAGACGCCUUACGACCUGGCUGAGGGGAAUGGCCACCGCCAGGUCUUUGUGGCUCUGCUGAGUGGCCGAAGCUGCCGUUGCGACCCGUGGGAAAAGCGAACCGUGUUGGAGUUGAAGGAAGAAACCGAGAAGAAGCUCGGUAUCACAAUCAAGCAUAUCAUUGGAGAAAAUCACGAACCGUUGGAUGAAAGCAUGGAGCUCGCUGCAGCACACAUUGUGCCGGGCAACACGUUGACUGCCAUGAUUUCAGAAGAUGUACUUGAAGAGGGACAUCCUGAAGCACAGGAUGGCGUCGAAAUCAAGGACUUCCCGCACGGCAUUCGCCUGAUGGCGCAGCAGGCCAUUUUCGAGGCCUUCGAUCCACAAAUCGAGGUUCUCGAGAACUGGAACGACUUGAAGGACGUCUCAGCUCUGGAAGAGGCGCUGCCUGCCGGCCACGUGCCCCUGGCUCGACUCCUCCGGCUCACUCCGGAAGAUCGAACCUUCCCUGCGCCAGUGAAGGUCCAAGUCCCAACGUGUGCUGGCGCCGAAACUUUGUGGAGGUCAUCCACAGCUGGAUGGGAGCAAGUAGAAACUGCCACUUUUGAGGAGACCAGAGCAACGGUGACGGUGGACCACUUCUGUGAGUUUGUUGUCACUGGAAAGCCUCAUCCACUCAAAGGCCUCGGUUUCUUGCACGCGCAGGGUGAGAAUGCGCAGGUGAUCAUAAUGCACACUGGCUGCGAGUCCUGCGAAAGAAGCUUAGAAGUGCUUUGCUCGGACCCAGAUAGCCUGCAACCUCUGCGAAGAUGUUCUCCCAACCUUCAGCUGGGAACCUUUCGCAAUGAUGAAGCCCUCGAAAUCAAACAACCUGGUCGAACAUCAAAAAUGAAGAUCCGAUUUCACCGGAUGCCAUUGGUGUCACCGGAGCUGGACGCCCAGUCGCGGCAACACUUUGAUGUGGAGAUCGAGGACAAGAACCACUGCUUUAAGAUCCGGCCAGAAGAGGCGACAGCUGCAACAGCUGCAACAGCUUCAAGAUCUGUUGGGCCACAUGCUGCUAGCUCUGCACAGGCAUCGUCAGCUGCCUCGACUGACAUGCGAUCGGCGGCGGCGUCACAGCAAGGACACUUGUUGUUGAGCGGACGCUUCAACAGUAAUGAGAUUAUUGAGUAUAUGAAGGCAGUGAAGAAGCAGCUGGAAGCUCGAAACGUACCGGUUUUUAUGGUUGAAGCAACGGUCGGCCAAAGUUUUGCUGACCUGACACGGAUAGGACUGGGCCGUGCCAAAGGCAUGGUAACAUUUUGCACGUCGGAAUAUGGGGCAUACACUGGUGUAGGAUAUGAAACUUUCCAUGAGCUUGAAUUUGCUCAUGACCACCGGUUGCCCUUGUUUCCGAUUAGGCUCUGCGAGCAGUGGCCACCAGCGCCGCAGAACAACGAACGAGGCAUCUACCAGAAUCAAUUGGUGUUCAAGAAUGGCCUCGUGUACAUAGAUGAUCGGCAGAUGAAUAAGGCCCAACGCGUUGCUGACCAGAUUGCUGAAUCUGUUGCACGAAUGGGCAUCUUCGAAACUAAGCUGCAGCUUUAAAGAUUGCGGGAGCAUGCCGUGGG